UGUCGGGAAGACGUGUAAUCCCUAAAUCAUUCUCUAUCAGCCCUGCCAUUUGAUCUCCUGAGCUGUGCAACUCUAGCCAUAGGGCCUAGAUGUUCUUCCUUAGCCCUGCAGCAGCCGCUGCUAACAUUGAUACAGGAUUCUAGCUUGGGGAUUAGUGGAUGCGAACUCUGGUCUUCUGUCACUGAAUAGAGCUGCAAUGAUGGACAAUUUCCUUCUUUGUAGAUGUCAGUUUUCUAAUUCAUGAUACUAAUUGGCACAAUACAUGUUGGGGAUGUGAGGAAUUGUACACUUCUUAGUAUGUAAACCUGAAAAGAGGAUCUCGAGUACAUAUCUUCUCAUUUUCUCUCCUGCUAUCAGUAAGGUAGCAGCAAUUUAGAAUUUGCCACUUUUUUUUUUUUUUACCAUUAGCUUCUGUUUCUUCUCCAGGUUGCCACCAUUCUGAAUUUUGUGCCUAGCUGUCUACCAGAGCACCCCAAAUAGAAGGAGAUAAUGUAGGAGGUAAAGUACAGCAGCCAUGGAGAAAUUGAGCAGAGACAAGAUGUGCAUUUGUGAAAUGAAUGGGGAAUAAUCCAGGGAAGAGCUUCAUCAAGGUUGGUGUCACCAGGGAGCAUUAAUUCUGUAAUCUUGUCAAUCAGGUGAGGUUUGGAGGAGUGGGAUGUUGCCACAUUAAGGGAAUUCCCAGAUGUUAGAAUUUUUAGAUGAAAGUUCUUGGGAUAAGACUAAGAGACCGCCUGAGGUCAAUGUUGAUUAAAUCAAGCUCUAGCUCCUGGGAAUAUGAGCCUGAUGUGAAGGAUUUUCAUUUAACAAUUGUUCCUGGGUAUCUACUUCAAUCUGGUUUUGUGAGUGCCUAGAGUCAAAUGUAUAAUAGGAUAUCUAACCCUGAGAAUUGAUUUCUCAACUUCUUGUCCAAUGCAUUUUUCCACUAGACCAAGUUGAGUUGCCUCUUCUGCUUUUGAAGAUCUUGUAGAAAUACUGACUAAACGGAAAAUUGUUUUCAGCCAUUUUCUGAAAAUUGUGGGAGUAGUGAAGGUACCGGUGGUGAUGAUGGCGAGUUUCCAACCUCUAUAUUGUUGACUCUUUCUUUCUUUGCCUGUUUUUCUUUGGAGUGGAGCUUGGCUUCUAACCAAAAGUUUGGCAGUUCAUAUUCACCAGCCUCUCCUUAAAACUGUAUGGGGCAGUUCCACUUUGUCCCGUAGGUCACUAUGAGUUGGAAUCCACUUGAUGACGAUGAGUUUGUUUGUUUGUUUGUUUUUGGUUUGUUGUUCUUGUAAGUGAGAGAAUGACCAUGAUUUUUUUCCAGUAAUUCUCAUCUCUUCCUACAUGCUUUCUUCUUGGCUUGCAUCCCAGUGCUGACUGCUGCCCACAUUUGGAUCUCACUUCUGUUUUGCUUCAUGUUCUUGCCAGCAGUGAUGAUGAAUGGUGUCCUGCUUUUUCUCAUUCAGACAGAGUGCAGCCUUCACCAACCCAUGUUUUUCUUUCUUGCCAUGCUCUCCUUUGUUGACCUGGUCCUCUCCCUCUCUACUCUGCCCAAGAAGCUGGCCAUUUUCUGGUUUGGUGUUACAAUUAUCAGUUCCCAUUCCUGUCUUUCUCAGAUGUUUUUCAUCCAUGCAUUCUCUGCCAUAGAGUCAGGAGUGCUGGUGGCCAUGGCCCUGGAUCAUUUUGUGGCCAUUUUUUACCCUCUGCACUAUCCAACCAUCCUUACUCCAGUUGUUGUUAUCAAGAUUGGAGGCCUGGUGGUGCUGAGUGGUGUGGGCUUGACCAUCUCCUUUCUAUGCCUGGCCCAUUUUCUGCCUUACUGUGGCUUACACAUGAUUGCCUAUACCUACUUUGAGCAUAUGGUUGUGGUCAAGCUGGGCUGUGCUAUCACCACUGUAAACAGCCUCUAUGCCUUUGCAGUGACAAUCUUUCUUGGUGUGGGUGAUGUGGCCUUUAUAGUGUGUUCCUAUGGGGAGAUUGUGAGGACUGUGAUGCAUUUCCCUCCCCCUGAAGCACAUGCUAAAGCAGGCAGCACAUGGAUGGUCCAUGUCUGUGCCAUCCUUUUCUUCUAUGGACCAGGUUUUCUUUCUUUGGCCAUGCAGUGGUUUGGGCCACUGACUGCCUCUGCUGUCAAGGUCAUCCUUGCCAAUCUCUACUUGCUCUUUCCCCCUACUGGACCGCAUUGUGUAUGGAGUCAAGACCAAGCAGAUAUGGGAAUAGCUGUUCACAAUAAUAACCCCUAAUCAGAUUGACCCUUCUUGAGUAUAGCUCCCAUCAGCUAGACUUCAGGGGCCAGGAUGGC